GCGGGUCUUAUCACCGAGGGCCUCCAGACGAACGUCUUCGUCGUCCUUGCCGACGGCACCCUGCUCACCGCACCGGACGACCGCGUACUGGCUGGCACUGUGCGCAAGGUCGUUCUGCAGGUGGCGCGGCGGGAGGGCAUCGCCGUCCGCCUCGAGUGCCCCAGCAUCCACAGCAUCGCCGACUGG